GUUGACUCCGCCCACUUUUACAGACAGGAAAAGUCUGCUCGAAACUCGUCUUCACAUUAAAAUGAGGACGAAGUGAGAGCUGCAGCUCAGUGUUAACGGUGACGCAGUGUCAACAGAGUCAGUUUAACAACACUUAGUGCCGAACAGCCUCUCACAUCAGCUGGAAACACCGGAGGAGGUUGUUAGCUCUCAGUUAGCUUGUCUGGCUAAGGUUUGUUUGUAUCGUUUCACGUCGAGGUUGUCACUACUGGUCCCGGUUGUGUAGCUGAUCAACUCACCUGACGAUGGGAUCGAGAGCAUCCACGUUACUGCGGGAGGAAGAAAUCGAAGAAAUCAAGAAGGAAACAGGCUUCUCUCACAGCCAGAUCACCAGGCUGUACAGCCGCUUCACCAGCCUGGACAAAGGAGAGAACGGGACCCUCAGUCGAGAAGAUUUCCAGAGAAUCCCUGAGUUGGCCAUCAAUCCUUUGGGAGACAGAAUCAUCAACGCCUUCUUUCCUGAGGGGGAGGACCAGGUGAAUUUCAGAGGCUUUAUGCGCACCUUGGCUCACUUCAGGCCUAUUGAGGACAAUGAGAAGAACAAGAACCCCCCCGCCACUGAGCCCCUGAACAGCAGGGCCAACAAGCUGCUCUUUGCUUUCCGUCUUUAUGACCUGGACAGAGAUGAUAAAAUCUCUCGGGAUGAGCUGCUGCAGGUCUUGCGGAUGAUGGUUGGGGUAAACAUUUCAGAUGAACAGCUUGGGAGUAUUGCUGAUAGGACCAUUCAAGAGGCUGACACAAAUGGAGAUAACUGCAUUUCCUUUCAAGAGUUUAUGAAGGUGUUGGAGAAGGUGGACGUGGAACAGAAAAUGAGCAUCCGGUUUCUUCACUAAGUUUUAGCUGUUUUUCAUUCUGAGUAGAGCUUGGACUUUUCAUUUGAUUUCAGAGGGCAGCUGUGGCCCAUGUUCACAGUACACACAUGUUCACAGUACACACAUGUUCACAGUACACACGUGUUCACAGUACACACGUGUUCACAGUACACACAAUCACAUCAAGUAUUUGGUAGAUGAUUCUGAGUUUCUGCCUUUGCACAGCUCUGUAAACAAAGGGAAAAGAUGUGUGCCUUUCAGUUGUUUUAUGCAAAUGUCACUGUAUAUUUGAACAAUAAUGCAACUAUAUUUAUUAGARAAGUUUCAGAUGGUCAUAAUGAGGACCUCUGCUGACCAGUGCAGUACUGGGUAAGACUAAUCAAAGCUUAUCAACUCAUUAAUGAACACAUCUUUAUAAGAAUAUGCUUUAGUUUCAGAUUGGUAAAAUGGGUUAUUCUGCUUGUGGAGUCGGUGUUUAUAAUGCUAACAGGAUGUUAUGAAUAUUUUCUGAUUUGGAGCAGAACUAAUCUGUUGAGGUAAGGUGAAAUCUGCUUCACAGAUUAUUGAUUUACUCUCUGAUGUGCCAUCAUGGUUUUGGUUCCUAUUAAUUAUUAACAGAUAUGGAUAAAUGUGUUGGUACCCUACCACAACAAUAAAUACAUAAAAAACAGAUGCAACUGUCCAAAAAGCUCCAGAUGUGUCCCAUUAUUCCCAGAGGUUCUCCCAAAACCUGGGCUUGUCAACAUGCAUUUUGUUUCUGUCACUGAUGGAGCCUAAUAUGAUUCAGAAUGUGAGAAAUGGUUCAACCAGAGAUUAAUGUACUUUUAUCUCAAGAGUCCAUUUUGAAUGGUUUUAGAUGGUUUCCUUUUUUUUUUUUUUUUUCUGUCUGAUCAACCUGGGGCUGCAAUUAUUGCAUCCACAUCCUGGACGGUUGGCUACAGCCUGAUAAACCUACCUUUUCCCUGCUGUAGUCAGAGGAACAAAAAGCUGCUUGGAGAUGGUCUUGUUGCCUUAUAUCUAUAAAACUGUAUAUCUAUAAUACUUUAUACCUACAAUGUUGUCUGAGCUCGUCACAGGUCUCGCCUGAAUCUGUCCAGUGGCUCUUUGUUCUCUCUGAAACGGCUGAAAGCUCCUGUGAAACUAAUGGAAAGAUUAAUUUCUUUUAGCAYAUCAACAAAUCUGUCUGUAAUAUUUAGCAUAUCUUCAUAAACAAAUUAAAUAUUUUUGUUUACUCCAUCACAUAUUAAUAUGAGUACAUUAUACUAAUGCAUUAGAUGUUUGUUUUUAACUGAAUCUCAAGAGAAAUGAAUCAUUUUAUCAAUGAGCUAAAGGGGUACCAACUAGUUUAUCUGUGUCUGUUUCUCAGCAGGAAUGUGUUUGUAUUUAGUUUAAAUGUUGAUAUUGUGUAGAUUAAACUAGCAGUUUAUCAAUAACUAUUAUUUGUUGUUUUCUUUAGAAGUUGGAGUAACUACAAAAUAUUAAAGCAAUGUUUUGUUUGUGAAGACUUUAGCGUAUUUUCCUUCCUAACAGCUGUGCUAACAAGUACAGGAUUUAUGCCCUGAUUUCAUAGUUUGCCACUUUAAGAUUUGAUGAAAGCCUGCGUGGUGUUGGACCAGGUGCUGGACAUCACACAGGAUGGAUAACAUGAUACACUUCUGUUAGAAUCUAACUGUGGCCAAUUCAAAUACUCCUGAGCACAUAUUUGAUUUCCCCACUGAAGAGAAUCAAGUUAAUUAUGUAAUCUUCAUAAAGCAGGGAGUGGUCUGUGUACUGUGAGUUUGUUCAAUCAUUGCACCUKCCAGCAGCAGGACAGAAACAACCUUUCAACCUUUUGUUAAUAAUUAAGUGAACAUCAGUCAGAUGUGAUUCACGUUGAUGAUCUUUGUGUAAAAGUGAUUCUUGAAAUGGAUUAUAAUAAAAAAUGUGCCAUGCA